AUGGAAUCGCAUUUGCAUCCAAUUUUUUGCUCAACUUUCACGUUUUAAUUAUUUAUACAAUUUAAAGUGGAUCUUCAAAUUACGAAAAUUAUGUAAAUGUCUUUCUGUGAAACUCUUGUGAUUUUUAACCAACCUAAUUUGAUUAUCAUUAAGUGAAUACAGAACAAGAGUAAAAUGUAUUGCUCUAAUCAAUUGCUUAUUUAGCAAAAUUACCUAUGAAUGUUUAUAAAUCAUGAACAAUCCGUAUCCAUUGAUCAACAAAAUUUAAGUUGAGGAACGUCUCUUUAUCGAGAUUGUAUAAUAUUUAUGAAAUAUUAUUAUACUGCCUGCUACUUUCCUCCCCCACAAUGAAUAGAUUGAAACAAUUGGCUUGUUGUUAUAGUAAAACUUGUGAUAAAGGAUUGAUUUAUUUUCGAGUCAAAAGUGAUUCUAUCGAAAUUUUGCAAAAUCCUCAAACAUUUUACUCUAAAUUACAGAAAUUGAUUAGUCAAAGUAAAAAACGCGUAAUUCUAUCAUCUUUGUAUAUUGGAACUGGUGAACUUGAAGAAAAUUUGAUAAAUUCAUUGCAUAGUCGCUUGGAGGAAACAAAAGAUCUCCGUGUCAGUAUUUUGGUUGAUUACAAUAGAGGACAAAGAUUGAAACAAAAGAAUGACUUGGAUUCAUCAAGCAAAGGUUUACUUCGGAGUUUGGCUCACAAAGCAAACAUAUAUUUUUUCCUAUCUCCAGCAUUCGGAUCUUAUUUUAAACGUUAUUUCAUUCUACCAAUCCAAUCAGUAAAUGAAAGUUUAUCCACGCAACACAUAAAAUGUUAUAUCGGCGAUGAUGAUGUGAUCUUAUCUGGAGCCAAUUUAAGUGAGGAUUAUUUUACUAACCGUCAAGACCGCUAUAUCUAUGUACGAAAUUGUAGAGAAUUGUGUGAUUAUUUAGAGAAAAUAGUAAACCUUGUUGGUAAAUUUUCUUUCAAACUUAAUAGUAGUGGUAAUUUAACGAUUGAGGACGAACGCAACUUUAUUUUUCAUGAUUCCAAUAAGUUUGGAACCAUCUUUAAAGAUAAUCUUCAGAAAAUCCAAGCAGGAUAUGAAAAAUUGAGUCAGUUAGAAAUGGAAAAUACGCAAACAUUAAUCAUCCCAACCAUCCAGAUGAAUUAUCUUCAAAUCACCGAGGAUUUCGAUUUAACUAGAAUAUUGUUCAAUUUAAGCCGCAAAUUUUCAAAAACUAGUCACUUGGUUUCUGGAUAUUUCAACUUGACCAAAGAAUAUAUUGAUAUAUUAACACAGCCCAACUCUUCUUCAAUAUUGAAUAUACUUGCAGCUUCCGAGGAGGUCAAUGGAUUCUAUCGAGCUGAUGGACCCAAGAAAUUGAUACCUUCAAUAUAUACCCAGAAGUCUCGAGACUUUCUUUCUUCUGUCCAAAAAUCAACAGCAAAUGUUAAUUUUCAACUUUAUCAUAGAAAGAACUGGACAUUUCACGCCAAAGGUUUUUGGACGCACUUAGACGAUGGAUCAUACAUUACAACCAUUGGAUCAUCAAAUUAUGCUUGCAGAUCAGUUGAGAGGGAUUUAGAGAUGCAAUUUUUGGUAGCAACCGUGGAUAAAAAUUUAAUCGAUAAACUAGAAAAUGAAAGAGCUCAAUUAUGGAGAUUUGGUGCACCGAUUAAAGAUCAAAACGAAUUACCUCAAGUGCCAUUAACUGCAAGAAUGCUAUCAAAAACUCUAGGAAAUUUUUUCUAAUUAUAUUUAGUGGAUAAAACUUUAUCCAAUUCAAUUUAGAUGAAAUAAAAUUUUAGUCUAUUUGAGAGCCAUAGUUUUAUUUGUUUGAAACAGAGAUCCGAAAUAACAUGAAAUAUUUAACCUGAUAAUAGUAAUUACUGAAUUAAUUCUUAGCGAAUCAUUAUAAUAUUAAUGACCACUUUUCAUCUUCAAUCAGCCUUGUAAAUCGAUUAGAUUCUUUAGUAAUUACAGAGUGUGGCUUUUUCUUUCUUGCGACUUUCAAUUCUUCAAUUUUAUUCUUCAAAUCCAAUCCUUUUUUGACAAAUUUGUAUUUAGCAUAAUUGAUGCUCGCUUCUGUAUAGAUUGCUGCGAUUUUGGAAAAUAUGUACAUAAGCACGAUAGCCAAUAAACCGACGCAUAGGACAACCACCAAUGGAUUUUCACUUUGGUACUUUAAAAAUGAAUAUAAAACAUUGUUAGUUUGAUUUCUGAUUUGAUCGUUCUUCUUAAUUUUUGGAGCAAUACUUGGUGGUGAUACUGGUGAUGGGAUAUUGAUUGUUUUAAUUAAUUUACCAUUGCAAGUAUAGUUCCCAUUAUCAUGGUGACUCAAUGGACCCCUAAUAAUUAGAUCAUCUUUAACAAAUAUUACGUGAUCAUAAUCAACAUAUAUCGGUUUUCCAUCUUUAAGCCAUUCUAUUGUUUUAUUUACACCGAUCUUACAAAAUAACCGCAUUUACAACCAAACAAAGAUAUUUAAAUACCAACCUAAUUUAAGAAACUAAUUCAAGAAAAAACAUCAAACUACUGGUGAUAUUUGAGGAUUUUAUAAUCAGAUUCUGCAAGGAUUUCUUUGUUAUUGUAGUACAAUAUCCUUAAACUUUUUACAAUCAACUGCUUGUGGGUCAAGACUGUGGAUUUCGGACAACGUUAAUUUUAUUAUUCAACCGAUAUCAUGCGUUUAUUUGGAAUCUACUUGGUACUUGAAAAUUCCUCAGAAAAUCCACUCAAUUUGUUCGAGAUUAACCAUAAAGGUCUGAUUGAUUGAUUGAAGAUCAAAACGAGUUACCUCAAGCUCCAUAAGCUGCAAGAAUAUCAAUAACUUAAGAAGAUUUUUCGAAUCGUCUGUUGCUCUAUAUAAAUACGCCAAUCAAUGCCUUUGUUAUUUGUUAAUUAUUAAUUGGUAAUGUUAACCAUCGUUGUAUAUAAACACUUUUUUACACUUUAACUAAAAGGCUACUGCGUGUUAAUUAAAACUACGUUACAUAAAUCAA